AUGAAAGCAAUUUUGAUAUUCGAUAGUGUAAACGAUUUGCUAUAUUCAAAAUGGGAUGAAGAGUUUUUGUCUCGAAUGAAAUCGUUUAAUGAUCAAGAGAGUAAUGAAACUAUAACAGACAGUCAUCAUAUAUCUCAACUUCUUUCACCUAUAAUAACAUCACAACGAAUAAUGGCAGCUCAAUUUAGUAAUACUUAUACUUCCAUGCAAUGCAAAGAUAAAACUUCCAUUGUGUUUGAUGAGUGGUUAGAUCAUGUAUUUAUGAUUAUAAGCGAAGACAACAUAGAUGAUUCACAUCGUGAACUCCUAGAUUGUAAAACCUUGGUACAACAUAUUUGUGGACAGAACAUAAACCUACUUCACUCAUUAGUAUACCAAGACUGGUUGUCAAUGCUCCUUGACAGUCGACUGAAGGGUGAUUCAAUCCCAGGAGCAAGUGGGGUGAUUGGGGAAAGUGGAGCUACAAUAGCUGCCUUGAAUGCCCUUAAGACCAUCUCAAAAGAACUUAAAACUGCAUCCCAUCAGCAUUACCAUUUAAUGCUUUUUGUUGGUGAUAAGAUAUUGGCUUUGUAUUCUAGUCGGGGUAGUGAUGACCUAAUGCCACCAGACUUAAUUCUUUUAAGUACACAGUGUAUAGCAGCUCAGGAAUAUUGGAAUGAUUUGGAUCAAUUAGGUGGAACUCAAAAUUCUCGUCUGCCAUGGUUGUCAGAACAAAACAGUGCUAUAGUGAAUAUGUGCGCGGGCACUAGUGGCUCGCCUUGUGCUCCUCACUCACUGCAUCUGGUAGAGGUGGCACCGCGAAUUCUUUUCGUUGCUCUCAUUGAUAUGGAUCUAAGAGAAGUAGGUAUUGCUGCUCAUCUGUCUAGUCAAAUAUUAAUGAAUUUGAGAAAAAUUCUGCUGCAAAGGAAUCUAGAAUUAUUGCCAAAUUCUUUAGACACGUUGGAAGCUGCUUUGAAAAAGACAACAGAUGCCUUACGCAAAAACAAAGCAAAUUCGAAUCUAUGUUCUCGUCUGACGAGCAGAAUGUUGGAAUUACGGAAAUCGUGUACUACAACCACGCCUUUGACACCGGAAACAACAGCCACGGCAAUGCAUACAGCCUUAGAUGCGGUCAUAGAACUAUUGAAACCGGAUAUCCCGAGCCUCCGAACGGAACAGCCUUUGAAAGACCUCAAAACCCUGCUCGCGCCAUACAUUGAAUUUCUUCAAGUCAAAGCCAGACGAUACUUCAGUUUGGGAUCAUAUCCUUUUUAA